AAAGGCGCCCCGGCGCGGCGGGCGUGUGAGUGCAGCUGUGCGUGGGGAGGCGUGUGGGGCCCGCGUGGGAGCCGCAGUCCGAGCGAGCAAGGACCGGGAGAGCGCGGCGCCGCCGCCCGGGCCCGGCCUGCCCCGCGAGCGCAGCUCCUGCCCCCGUCGCCCGCCCGCCGGGCGCAGCUGGAUGUGGCGGGGGUCCCGCGGCGGCGGCCCCCGGCCCCCAGCGCCUGGAGCGCCCAGGGGCGGCGUGCGGGGCCCGGGGGCGCCGCGCCCUCCAUGCACCGAGGUGCGCCUGGAGGCAGCUGGGGGCCCGUGCUGCAGCCGCUACACGAGCUGAGCCCCGACCCGGCCUGCGGCCUGCGCCCGGCGGCAGCAUGAGCCAGGCCGAGCUGUCCACCUGCUCGGCGCCGCAGACGCAGCGCAUCUUCCAGGAGGCUGUGCGUAAAGGCAACACGCAGGAGCUGCAGUCGCUGCUGCAGAACAUGACCAACUGCGAGUUCAAUGUGAACUCGUUCGGGCCCGAGGGCCAGACGGCGCUGCACCAGUCGGUCAUCGAUGGUAACCUGGAGCUCGUGAAGCUGCUGGUCAAGUUCGGCGCCGACAUCCGCUUGGCCAACCGCGACGGCUGGAGCGCGCUGCACAUCGCCGCUUUCGGCGGCCACCAGGACAUCGUGCUCUAUCUCAUCACCAAGGCCAAGUACGCGGGCAGCGGCCGGUGAUGCCGGCUCGGACCCCGACCCGCAUGCGGGGCCCCCCACGUGUCCUCCCUGCUGUACCUUCCCGCCAACUACCUCGGUGUGCGCCCGGCCCUCGGCGCCCGCAGCCAUCAAGAGUCCGGCGCGCACGUCGGCGCCCACCGGGGCCGCGCCGCACCCGCCCGCGGCCCGGGGUCGGCGCCCCCCGCGGCCGCCCGG